AUGGCAAGCAAUAUUCGGAAACCUAUUCGUCACAAGCAAAAGGCAAUAUUGUCGGGUUUGGAGACAUAUCGUGAUCCUUGGACGGGAACUAUCGUGAGGAUGUUUUCAAUUGCUGGCCUCGGUACUUUAAUGGGAAUUACUAUUUUAUUGAUUGGAAUCUUUGCUUUUGGAUAUUUUGAAAAUAAUGAUAUUGGUACAUAUUUGACUAACUUAAAUGCAGGAGUAAUAAUGGGAAUUGUACUAAGUUUCACGAUGAUAUAUAGUGAAAAAAUAGUUUACACAGACUUCACGAUAAAGAAAUUAAUCUUCGUAUCCCCUGUGAUUAGUAUUGUUUUCAUUAUGGGACUUAUUCUUGCUCCAUUAGCAAUGUCAACAUUAUUGUCACGAUUUGAAAUUCAAGCUAAUCUUUUAGCUAUAAUGUCAACGUUGUAUCCAACUCUCAUCAUUAUUGGAUUUUUAAAAGCAUCUGGUGACUCUAAAAAAGCACAUCGUCUCUUUCAAAUGUGGAUGAAUUUCCAAUUCGUGAGAUUCCGCUAUCAAAUUUUAUACGCUGCAAUUGUGUUGUACCAUAAAAUGAUAGCUUUCACAAUUAAAAAAUUUCGGCCACCUUCUAAUAAUGAACUUUAUGAGUUAAUAAGGACAACAGAACAAAUAAAGCAUCAUAAAGAAGAAAUAAACCAAUUAAUUUCAGAAAUAGAUUGUCAUUAUGAUUUUACUACAAAUUGUAAUAUAGACUUCCUGAUUCACAUGGAAUUAAUGCUCCUAACAGAACCUGUUCAAGAUGAAGCGAGGGACACGGAGUAA